GAUCAGAAAGUGACCAAUGGAAUGACGCCACAUGGACCGUGUAGAACCGUGGCACGUGCUACAUGCUUUCUAAGUUUCCAUGCACCAUUAUUAAACAAACACUUAACCUGAUUAAGUAUAUAAAUAAUUAAUUAUUGUUUCCAUAAUAAUAAUCACGCUUAUUAGUUAUUAAUUAAAUAAGCUUUUCUAUAUAAACCACACUAUCCCAUCUUUCCAAAUCCCCCUCUUUUGGAAUUCCUUGUUAUAGACUUCUUCAUUGUUGCUUCGCCAUUGCGUUUUGAAACACGAUUGCUUUUGUACUUUUUGAGGAUUUCAAUAGCAUAAAAUGGCGGAGGAGAAUCAGUACCAAAAGGUUCAAAUGCCCAAAUAUGAAUGCCUUGUCUUUGAUCUUGAUGACACUUUGUAUCCUUUGAGUUCUGGUCUAGCAGCUGAAUGUCGCAAGAACAUUCAAGAUUAUAUGAUCAUGAAGCUUGGGAUUGAGGAAAGUAAGGUAUCUGAGUUGUGUAACAUCUUGUACAAAGAAUAUGGCACCACAAUGGCUGGUCUAAGGGCAAUUGGCUACAAAUUUGAUUAUGAUGACUAUCACAGCUUUGUUCAUGGGAGGUUACCUUAUGAGAAGCUAAAACCAGACCCAGUUCUCAGGCAUAUUUUACUAAGCCUUCCAAUUCGCAAAGUUAUAUUCACAAAUGCUGAUAAGAUGCAUGCCUCAAGAGUACUUAACAGGCUUGGAUUGGAAGAUUGUUUUGAAGGGAUUGUAUGCUUUGAGACUCUUAAUGAAUCCAAUUCAGAACAAUCCUCUGAUAAAUCACUUGUCACAAGCAAUGUGUUUGACAUUCUUGAACACUUUUCUCAUCCCGAUGCUUGUGUCGAAUUGCCUAAAACACCGAUAUCCUGUAAACCGUCCGAGGAAGCUAUGCGUCGAGCUCUCAAAAUAGCCAAUGUAAAUCCUCAGAGGACGAUUUUCUUUGAUGACAGUGUCCGAAACAUCCAAUCUGGCAAAAGAAUCGGUCUUCAUACAGUUCUGGUGGGAAAUGCUCAAAGAGUUAAAGGUGCAGAUCAUGCACUGGAAAGUAUUCACAACAUUAGGGAAGCAUUGCCAGAGCUAUGGGAAGAGACUGAAAAAUCAGGUGAUGUUCGGUAUGCCAAGAAGGUUGCCAUAGAAACUUCAGUAAUCGCUUAAUGUUUUUGGCUUUUCAUUAUCAAGAACUUGUUGUUGUUGUUGUUGUAACACACAAGCACUUGUAAUUAAGUAAAUGUUUCAGUUUUUUACCAAAUGCAAGCAAAUCUCUCUUGAAUCUUAUAAAUUGUGGUUGCGCA